UCGUAUUUUAUAUUUUCACUUUUUUUUCCCUGUUUUCUCUCAAGUAAAAGACUCUGUUCAGACAAGGAAAAUAAAAAACCGGCCAGCUGUUUUCUGAAACCCUGUAUUUUUUUUUUUUGGUCUUUUAAUCUUCGAAAAACAGUUUUUUUUUGGGAAAAAAUUCUGCUUGGUUGGCUAGAAAAAGCUUUUGAAAGUACUUUGCUUCAGUACUGGAAAAAUGUGAACAGGUCUGAGGGAACAGUGUCAGUGAAGAGUUUUCCUGGGCUGUACUUAUAAGUUACAGUUUUAAUUUGUGUUGAAGGUGUGAUCUUAUGAACUAAACAGAAAGCUAAGCUUUGAGUGGCUGGCUUUGAUUCUGUAAGCUAGAUAUAAUUGUAGCGAAUAGCUUUGUUUGCAGUAUAUGCAUGGAAACAAAUUCAGGUGUUACAGUGAUAGGAGCAGAAGCUCCAUCAGCUUAUCAUAUGGCGCCAAGGACAGAAAAUGCCAAUCAGAUUGGUGGUGGCGUUGGCUCAACCACAGUGGACGCUUCGCCAGUUAGUGUAGGAUUAACUGGUACUACAGAAAAGAAGAAGAGAGGUAGACCUAGGAAAUAUGGACCAGAUGGGACAAUGGCAAGGGCAUUGUCACCAAUGCCUAUUUCCUCAUCUGUCCCACCCGGAGGAGGCGAGUUCUCUAGUGGAGGAAAGCGGGGGAGGGGGCGAGGUAGUGGUUACCAGAUCAAGCAUCAGAAGGGAAUGGACAUGGAGAAUUUAGGCGAGUGGGCUGCUACUUCUGUUGGAACAAAUUUUACGCCACAUGUCAUCACUGUCAAUGCCGGUGAGGAUGUAACUAUGAAGGUGAUAUCGUUUUCUCAACAAGGACCAAGAGCUAUUUGUAUCCUGUCUGCUAAUGGAGUAAUUUCAAAUGUUACACUUCGUCAGCCUGAUUCUUCUGGGGGUACUCUGACAUAUGAGGGUCGCUUUGAGAUACUUUCCUUGUCUGGAUCCUUCAUGCCUACCGAAACUCAAGGAACCAGAAGUCGAUCUGGUGGGAUGAGUGUCUCUUUGGCAAGCCCUGAUGGCCGCGUUGUAGGGGGAGGAGUUGCUGGGCUUCUGGUGGCUGCCAGUCCUGUACAGGUUGUCGUGGGCAGUUUUUUGCCGGGCAACCAGCAUGACCAUAAAUCGAAGAAGCAGAAAAACGAGUCCAUACCAGCUACUGUUGCACCAAACCCGACUAUAGUUGCUGCACCUGCAUCAAAUGCAGAAAAAGAGGAGGGCAUACGUGUACUUUCGCCACAAAAUACGAAUGCUCCGAAACCAAACCUUGCUACUGCUACCUUCGGAAGAGAAAACUGGGCCACCAUGCAGGAGCCAAGAAAUUCAGCAACCGAUAUCAACAUUUCUUUGCCUGCAGGUUAAUUUGAUAAAUUACAAUCAUUUAUCUCGGAGGCUGACUUGAUCAAUCCCUGAUGUUUCUUUCGAACAAAAAGUGGCGUGUGUAUGUGUUCUUGAAUAUUAAUGUAGGAUAAAAUAGGAUUAGCAUUCCUGAUAUCCAGCUAGGUUUUAAUGUCUCAGGCAAAAGACAUCCUUCUUCUGAUUGAUGAAUUUAUUGAUGACAACUGUCCUAGAUUAUUAAAUCUUGCAAUUAUGGAGUAGUGAAUUUUUCGUCAGCUUUAUUAAUCUGGUUUCGUUGAUCAUUCAACAAAUAACUUGGUCAAAAUCUAAUGCAUUCUUUAAUUUUUUUCCAACA